UUACAGUCAGUAGACAUGGAGGAUGGGAAGCCUGAUCUGCUGCUGGUCAAAGAGGAGACAGUAGAAGACGGACCAGAGAGCAUUGAUCUGCUGAGUGGACUAAAGAUGGGGGAGCAAGGUGGUUGGUUGGAGGAUGACAGAGGAGACUGGGCGGCCAUCUUGGAUUCCCAGACCCAGACAGGUGCAGCCAAGGGCCCGCGGGACAACAUAGUGGAGUCUGCGGUCCAUGAGGACCUGCUGAUAUCCAGUGUUGCUGGCGGGAGAGACUGGACCUCUGAAGCGGCGUGUCACAAAACCUGGCCCCUGAUCAGGAUCCUGGAUCAGGAGCCGUCGCUCUUCCUCCCCGAGUCAGAACCGGAACCGAACCGCGAGGGACAGAGACUCCACCACCACACAGAACACAACCAGUGGACAGGUGGACUGAACAACCUCAGUCCUGAUGGUCAUCAGAGAGACGGAGGCUCCAGUCAGGGAUCCAGUCUGCAGCCCAGACCCUUCUCUUCACAGUCUCAGUGCAGGGAUGAAGCAGGGCCUGGGGCUGAUAGAGAUAGACCCUCCUGUUCCUAUGAUAAAAACACCACAGUAUCCAUGAUGAACAGAGCAGGUCACCCUGGGCUUCAGUCUUCACAGAGAGUGGUGGGAGACCCCCCUGGUGGUAGUCUAUCAGCAAGUUUGUCUUCUCCUUCAGGGUCUUGUCUAAUGCCUAGUGACUGGGUUCAUAGAAAUCCUGGGCCUGGGUCUAGCCUUCCUCAGUUACCUCAUGGUUACCCCACCAAUACAGACCGGGUCAGGAUGGGCAUUCACCACGAGAAGUAUUUAGCCUAUAACAUAGCACACAAUCCCAGCAACACCCAAACAAUGGCAAGUGGUCAAGGAGGGAGCUCAAAAACUCCUGCUUCUACCUCCUCUGGUGUCAUUGGGUCACAACGUGGGAGGCCGAAUAUUAGGACUGACUGCGACAAGCCGUACAGCUGCGCCACAUGUGGGAAGCACUUUACUAGGGCAAACUAUUUGAAGGAGCAUCAGACCGUUCACACUAAGGAGAGGCCUUUCAAGUGCAAACUAUGUUACAAGAGCUUCCCCUUCCGGAGUAACCUCAUCAGACAUAGGAGUGUCCACAAUGGGGAGAAAUCGUAGCAGUGGGGCUUGAGAUGUACACAGGGGAUGUCAGGAAACCAUUCUUUAGCUGACAUAGUUAUAUUGUGAAGUGUCUUGGGGUAAAAAGGGUAAUUAACCACAUACCCCUCAUUAACCCUUUGUUAACUUGUCAUUUGAAACAGGCUUGUGUAAAUGCAUGUUUUUAGAGAGAGACCAUAAACCUAGGCUAAAACAAGAACAGUUGAAAAUGUACCUUGCUGAGGUGAUGAUGGAAUAAAGUUGAUCUAUAACUUUCUACUCUA